UUUGGCACCAGAAUUUCGCUACUUUAUGCGAUUCAACGAUCGAUUGGUCAACGUCGUUACUAUGUUGACGUCAUGACGCUUUACCUGUAACCCGAGAAAUGCUGUCCAUGUGUAGGUCAAAUAUGAAGCGGCAGAUGCUGAGCUUGGGACUGUUUAAAAUCACACUUGCAAUCUUUUUGUUUUUGAAUGGCAGUGAAGGUGCUUCCGGGGACCCUGUGAAGUCAUGCCAUGCAGCACAGUUCUUGUGUAACACCGGCAUCUGUAUUCCUUUAAUCUGGAAGUGUGACGGGGAUGAGGACUGCACAGAUGGCAGUGAUGAAGGCGAUUGUCACAAUAUAACAUGUUCAGGAUUUCGCUGUAAUGAUGGCCUGUGCAUUCCUUUGACAUGGAGAUGUGAUAGGGAAUUGGAUUGCAAGGACGGAUCCGAUGAAGCCAUUGAUGUCUGUGGUAAUGUCUCAUGUAAACGAGAUGAAUUUAGAUGCUUAAGCAAUAUUUGCAUUGAUGUGAAGCUCCUCUGUGAUGGAAGAAAUGAUUGUGGAGAUCGUAGUGAUGAGAACUGCACGCCUGUCCCAUGUGGCCCUCUUGAAUUUCACUGCAAUGUUUCUGGCUCCUGUCUUUCCACGUCACAGCUUUGUGACGGUGUUGUACAUUGUCCUGAUGGAUCUGAUGAAAUGAAUGAGAAGUGCCUACCUGGAAAUCCUUCCUCUACUACAUGCCUUUCUUCUGAAUUCCAGUGUGGACCUGCAGAGUGCAUUCCAAAUACAUGGGUGUGUGAUGGGCACCCAGACUGUGAAGAUGGACAGGAUGAGAGAGGCUGUGGCGAGACAGCAUUUCUGCUGUUUGCUGAUGGCCGGGGUAUUGGAAGAUUAGAUGCCAUGGGAAAGCCCAUAAUGGUUACUGCUGUCAAAAAUGUGGGUGCAUUGACAGCAGACAUCUCAUCUUUGCAAGUCUUUUGGACCAAUACUGUGCAUCAUGCUGUAUUCAGGAAUUUGUUGGAUCAGAACCUUGGAACAGCACAAGUACUAGCUCAUGCCCAGAGGCCUGCAGGGAUUGCUGUGGACUGGCUGUACAGAAAUGUAUAUUGGAGCGAUACAUCUGCUCAUACCCUUAAUAUGGCCUUAAUGGAUGGAACGAAUAAGAGAACCCUUUUCCGAGAUGAUAUGUCAAGUCCUUUUGCUGUGGCAGUAGACCCUUUUUCAGGGUACAUUUUCUGGUCAGAUGUAGGAGCAUCUGCAAAAAUUGAAAAGGCUGCAAUGAAUGGGGUUAGACGAAUAGCACUAGUGACUACAGAUAUUCAUAAACCUGUUGCAUUAGCGCUAGACUAUGCAGAAGGCCACCUUUACUGGACAGACUCCAAGCUAAGAAGAAUAUCUAGGAUUGAUUUGAUGGUAAUCAGAGGAAGACUGUUGUAUUGUCCAAGGAAUUUUUGACCGCUCCUUUUGGCCUUGCGGUUUUUCAGGGUUUUGUGUUCUGGUCUGACAAGCACACAGGUGCAAUUUACAGAUCCUCCAAAAUGGAUGGUAGCAACUUAACGGUUUUUGCUUCUGAUCUACAAAAUCCACAUGGUCUGAUGAUAUUUCAUGCUGAAGUCCAGCCAUAUGGUAAAAAUGUGUGUGCAACCUCUGGGAUCAGCUGUGACUUCCUGUGCGUUCCAGAACCAGCAAAUGGCACAGCAUCACCUUUCCGAUAUUCCUGCUUAUGUCCUGAUAUAGCAGCAAAUUACAGCAGCUUGCAGUGUGGAUCUCAUCCAGGUGCAUUCAUUCAUAUAUAU